AUGCCGGGUGAUUUGAGCAGCCUGUGUAUCAAAUUAGAGAGUGCAGCUGGAAGUACUCCUGGAUCUAAUAAUUCUGCUUAUAUCGUCUCAUGGGAAUUGGGUAAUGAGUAUCUCUUACCGCUAUUGAUAAUCAACACUUCAGCAUUAACAACACAUGCGGUUAUGAAAGUAUUAAAUGUGUUUAAACUCUGUAUGAUUUGCUGUUUGGAGCCAAUGUUCCUUGCAAUUUUAUUGCUACCACUAUCCAAUGCGAUAACUGUGAACAACACUAAUAACGCCAUAACCAAAUAUUGGCUAUUACCAACGAAAACAACAUCAAAUAUAACGUUAAGUACUCAUGCAGAAUCCAAUUGUCCAUCUUCAACGGCAGCCACAAUUUUAACCGUAUGGAAUGUUUACUUUACACUAUGCAUUAAUAAUCAUGAUGCGCGCAAUUCUAUCAGUUAUAGAAAUGUAGAAAGUCACUUUCGCCGCCAGAACGAAAGUGAAAUUGUUAGGGAAAGCGAAGGCAACAUUGAAAGUUGGAGUCUGGAGCAGCAAUGGAAACGAAAAGAGCGUACUAAAGGGAGCAACGCUAAAAGUAAUCGAGGUGUUGCUGGAGUAAUCAACCAACAUCGCUCUGAUGAUAUCUUCGAGAUAACAUUGUGUAUGCUACUUGCAAUUUUCGUAGAAGUAAUUCCACUCACACUGCGCUAUGUUCGCAAGCGAACUGUACUUUUCUGGCGUUGGCUUCUAUUACUCUGCUGCUGCUCUUAUUGGAGUAUUUCGAGAAAACUAUUUCAACGGCAACGAUUACGGAAUCAAAGGGCAGUUGCACUGAACUGUGUUUGUGAACUCAUAAAACUUGCUACACUCAAAUUAAAAAAGAGGCAAGAUCAUAUCCCGAAGCUACCGUAUGCAAUCCGGCAGAAUCAGCUGACAAUUUUUGCAGUGCUAACUGGAAAAAUGUUUGCACUUUUUGUACAAGGGGCUACUACACCGUCCACCGAAAUGACAAUAUCAUCAGACGCCGGAACUGCGUGUACAACCACAGGAAGACUAAUAUUAUUGUCAGGAGUACCUACAGCAACAACAGCCAUAAUUGCACAAAAUUUUAAAAAGACCUGUCAUAAUUUUUUGCUAACAACGCUUUUAAUGGAUCCCGUCACGCUGACAUUUAAUACGCCUUUUUUAACAGAUCAUGUACUUUAUAUUCUGGUGCCACAAGAAAACCGAUUGUUUCAUAACCAAUUAGCCUUUUCUGCAGUAAUAUGUGAGCAGGUGAAAACUUUGCAUUUAUAUUACGCUUGCCAAUAUUUUAAUGGUAUCGAUAGCAGCAAAAAACAACAGGAAAAUUACAGUGUUGGUGGACUCAAGAUCUGUAGCGAUUGCAAUAGGUCACAUUCGCAUCAAAAAUAUAGAAUGAUUUUGAUAUUUCAACCAUUAUUUGACAUAGCCAACACUAUAAUAGAAACCUAUGACAAUAAUUAUGUGAAAAUGCAUAAUAAUAGCCGUUAUUUAAAACCGUCCAAACCAAACAUGGUUAAAUUAAACAAACGCAGAACUAAAUCCAGCAGCAUUUCAAAACUUGAACAUGAAAUUUUCAGAGGUAGGGAUGAAGCUGUAGUGGAACGGAAGAAGACAAAAUAUGGAAAGUUGAUGAGACAGAAUCCUAGGCUUCACGAUCUCUUAACCAGUACAAGUGCUAAAUCUAGUGCAAAGCUUACCAAAUCUACAAUGUCAACAAAUCAAAAAAGGCCAGCAAAUUUAGGCAUACCGAUUAAUGCGAAAAAUAAAAGUGCGCCCGCACAAGAGGAUCAAAAUAGAAAAGGUAAAAAUACCGAUUGGAAUGAAUGCAUGCAUGCUAUUAUGAAAUUUGACUUGUGCUGUUGCUUUUGGUGUUUUUGUUGUUAUCGUCGCUGCAAUUGCAUUUCUGGAAGAAAUUCGAGUGAUGAUUGUUGGUGUACUUGGUAUUGGUGCUGGAAACGGCAUUAUAGGCAACAUGCAUUUAACUAUCCGCAUUGUAUAUACUGCUACUAUAAUUGCUGUCGUUACUACUGUUUUUAUCGCUGUUAUUGUUGCUGUUGCUUGGCAAAAUUACAUUCAACAUCUAUCACAUGUCCAUAUUGUCAUGUAGCCACCAGAUUAAAUAAUCAACCCUCUAAAUUAAAAAAACAUCCAAGGGCAGGAAAGAUGGCCCAAAAACAGCAACCAAGCCAAAAUCCGGCAAAAAAGCAAAAAGUACCACAACAACUAGAAGACUUCAGAAAUUUUCUUCCACCACAAGGUCUAACAAGUACCACCUGCCUCUGUUUUGAAUGUCCCGUCUGGUUUUCCUGUCGGUCACUGCACUGCUAUCAAAACGCACAUUGCUUUAACUCUACUAAAGAUGUGACUACGUUAACAAAAACGGCCACAAAAUUAAACGGAGAGAUUUUAUUUAGCAAAAAAACAAAGUUCAUGCGAUUUGCUCGUUGUAGUGCAAAGCAUCUAAGCAAAUAUAUUUUUCAUCAAUUAAUCCAUAUGGCGGAAUAUUUUUACCGGUAUAUAAUAGCCGCGCUUCGAGUGAAAAUAUCUGUCCCAAGGUCAAGGGCAAUUGUAAUAAAAGUGUCAAGAGAACAGAAGCAGCAACAACAACAGCAACAGAUGGUUUCCAUUGCAAACGACCAACAAUUAAAAAUGAAUAACUUAUGUAAACUUUUUUGCAACAAUUGGAAGCGACAUCGUCGACGAAGACGACGACGACGCCGACGACGAAUAAAUAUACAAGAACAGCAGCAGCAACAAUCCAUCACUCUUCAGCAGCAACAUAUGAGUAGUGAAAAAGACACAUUAUUUCAUAUAACCAAUCAUCGUUUUGGUAUUUGGGACCUCAAUGCGUGCAAAACAAUCCCAACAAAUGCCCCUUCCGUGCAUUUUAUAUUAUCAAAAGCAGCGGCUGGAUCUAUUUUAGCAGGAUCUGUGUUAGCAGGAAUGCGUCUAGCGAACACCAAAAUUAUUGCCUUGAGUGACCGAACGCGAAAGGAUAUGAUGAGUCCAGCACCAACGCCAGCAUUGAUAACGUCGUCAACGUUCACAGCGUCUGCUAAUACAGCGCGUGUUGGCCGUAACCGGCCUAGACCGAAUCUUGUUUGGCUCUUUAUUGGAUUAGUGUGGUUCGAAGGGCCAAAAUAUGUCAACUGCAAUAUCAAUGGAAGUAGCCAAUCACAACAGCCUUCUACCCGGGCUCAAACUCAAACACAAACACAAACAGUUGCGCAUACAACCACCCAAGCGCCGCUACAGCCGCUUACCGUACUAUCACAUCAACAACAACGUCAAACACAACCACCACAGAUAGUUUCAAAUUUACCUUUAUUAACCACAAACCACAAACCAAUUUCUAAAUCGCCGGUUUCACAUUCCCAAAAAGCAACAGAAGAUGUUUUCGAUGAUGUUUCCACGUCACUCAAAUCAAAAAUAAAGCAUGGAAAAAACAGUAAUGCCAGUGGUAAGAGUAUACGUAGUGGUAAUUGUUUAUCUUCGCGAAAACGGGCUUCCAUAAUGGCAGCUACAACAAAUGAAAAGCAAACUGGGACGUCUAAUACCGAUUCAAUUCUACCAAUCGAUCAUACGGGUUAUGAAUGGCUCGAAGCGGAAGUGGAGUACGAUUUUCUAGAAGAAGAAGCACAUGACACGCUAAGCGAUCGCGUCCGUCUGGAGUCCAUUAAACGGCAGAUAUUAACCAAGCUCGGCCUGAAACAUAGACCUAAUGUAUCUCAUCCUCUUCCAAAGCAAUUUAUUUGGGAUACUAUAUAUCGUGCCGAUGGUAUACGAAGAGUUGUAAGCGAAUUUGACUUUAAUGAAAAUGCCUCACAGCAAUGGGAAAUCAGAGCAAAAGCGGCUGCAACUGGUCUUACAAAGCUACCACUUCGCUUGGAACGCUACCAAAAAGAUGAUGAAGCGGUAAAUGGCGGUAUAAUUCACAACAGCAAUGACGGUCCAUUGGAUAUCCACAUCGGGAAAAUGAAUCACUCUUCGCAUUAUAGUAACAAUAAUGAAACUGAAGCUUAUUUAGAUGCUGAAAACCUGGAUGAAUAUAACCUUCGUCAAGAGCACUAUGGAAUGUCAAAAGAUGCGAAUCGAUACGAAAGUGAGGAUUUUGUCGGUGAUACGCAGGAAAUCAUCACAUUUGCGGAAAAAG